AAGAAUAAACUCAAAGUAAUAUUUUUUUCAGCCACUUCAAAGAAGGGAUGUCAAUUAAAUGCAUUCAUUUAGUAUGAUUAAUUUUAAACUGAAAUAAAAUACAAUUUCACACUUAAGUGUGCCUCCUGUCUGUAAAUGCAAUAAUAAAAAAAGUUUAAAAAGUUGUGAAAUAGUAAAAAAAAAAAAAAGGAUUAUUGAAUUAUGUUUUACUAUAUAUAUUUGUGUGUUUUUCUACUUGAUGUAUGUUUGAUAUAUACAUAAACCAAAAAAAAUAAGUUGAAUGUUGAAAACCCGUCCUGUGUGAACACCCUCUAAAGUCAUAUGUUUAUGUUGAAUGAUAAGGAAAUUAAAUAUUCUUAAUGUUUUUGAAAUUCUCUGUGAAUAAUAAACAUUUUUGUUUUGACUGCGAUUAUGGCACCAUGAGCUACACAGCAUAACACAUUUCAGCAUCCUCCUACAAUGGUAAACGCGGUAGAGAUGUAUAACUGAGAUGAUUUUUUUUUAAGUCUUUCUUUUAGUUCAAACCAGCUUAUCGCUAACUAUCAGAUAAACUGAGCUGUUCUGAAUAAGGUUCUUGUUAAGUGUGGCUGUCGACAGUCUCAUUCCUUUGAAUUGUUUUUUUGUUUGUUUGUUUUUGCAUUGUACAGAGGAACUUGGUGUUAAAAUGUUUGGGCAAUAGUUCAGUCUGCACUUAUCAGCAAACAACACAGCAGCAGAAGUUGAUUUCUUAAGCAUUGCAAAGGGCAUUGUGAGGCUUCCUUUGUGAGAAUUCUGCUUCCUAUUCAGUUAUAAUAGAAGUCACAAUGACUACAACUGGAUCUCAAUAUGAUUAUGAUUAUUAUAUACCAACAUUAACUAAAGUGCAACUUCAAGAGGACUUACAUCCUGGAUACUGCAGGGAAGCAGCAUGUGUAAUCACAGUGAUCUCUAAUGUGAUCAUAUUCCUUCUUGGCAUCACUGGAAAUGGUGCAGUGAUCUGGAUUACUGGUUUUAAGAUGAAGAAGUCAGUGAACAGCACUUGGUACCUGAGUCUGGCUUUGUCUGACUUCUUUUUCUGUGCUACUCUUCCUUUCACCAUUGAUUACCUGAUUAAGGACAGCUGGAGCUUCGGGCUCUUUCUAUGCAAGUUCAACUCUUUUGCUAUGACCCUCAAUAUGUACAGCAGCAUUUUUAUCCUGGUCAUCAUAAGUGUGGAUCGCUGCAUCACCGUCAGGUUUCCUGUCUGGGCCCAGAAUAAACGCACUGUAAAGAAAGCUUCGUUAGUUGUUGUGCUGGCUUGGUUUGUGUCUUCUUUGCUUAGCAUUCCAUCUGCCAAAUUCAGAGAGAUUCUAAAUGAAUCACCAGAAAAAUGCUAUAGCAAUUAUAAGGAUCACCACAAAACCGUUGUGUUCAUGCGCUUUAAUUUUGGGUUUUUGAUUCCGUUCCUGACUAUUUUCAUCUGUUACACCAUCUUGAUCCAUAAACUUAGAUCAAACCAAAUGUCCAAAUCCACCAAGCCCUACAAGAUCACCACAUUACUGAUCGCAACUUUUUUCAUCUGUUGGUUGCCAUUUCAAAUAGUUUCUGUUUUAGAGUUGGACAGAUCUGAGAACAACUCUGCCUUUAAAACAGCUCAACAGGUAUCUGGUACUCUCGCCAGUGCAAACAGCUUUCUAAACCCGUUCCUCUAUGCAUUUAUGGCCAAGGACUUAAAGAAGAAAUGCUAUUCCUUUCUUUCGAAGAUUGAGAGCGCCAUUGAUGAAGAAAACCGAAGUACUUUCAGAGCAACUUCAGUUACCAGUGCUACAGAUAAUGGACUUUCCACUGCUGUCUGAAAUUCUAACACGUGUCAUGGACUAAAUCUAUUUCUCUUUAUUCUCUUCCAAAUGUGGUUGGAGAAUUAUUUAUUUUUAUUGAUCUGCUUACCACCAGGGCAUCCAAGAUGUAGUUUACAGAACACAAACUGAGAUUUUUAAUAUAAACUGUUGCAGUCUGUUAGUCAUAUAUAAUGGAUGUCAAUGGGAAUCAUGGCUAAAAUAUACAAUAAAACUAAAAAACCAAACAUACACAAACAAAACCAAAUUAAACCCUGCGGACAGUGACGAUACAUUGAUGUGUAAAGACAAAAAACAAUCGGUCUGUGCAAGAAUUUAUAUAGUUAUUUUUACCUCUGAUGCCCUGCAAAAAAACUAUAUAAAUACUGUUCAGUUUCUUGCACAAACUGAUCAUUUUGUGUCUUUACACAUCAAUGUAUCGUUACGAGCCGCAUGGUUUAAUUUGGUUUUGUUUGUGUAUGUUUUUUUGUUUUUUUUGGCUGUGAUUCUCAUCUACUUGCAUUAUAUGACUAACAGACUGCAAUGGUUUGUUUUAAAAAUCUCCAUUUCUGUUCUACUAAAGAAAUAUAUGGAGGAAAUAAAGUCACUUACAUCUUGGAUGCCCUUAUUUAAAAAUAAUAAUAAUAAUAAUAAAAUAAAUGUAAAAAAAAAGGUUCAAUAAAAGCUACUUUACAAGUCAUUUUAAAUUGAAAUGCCACUUUUUAGCUAUUGAAUAUUUUCAGUAUAUAUCUUAUCAUUUCUGCAUGUUUAACACAUGAUGCUUAUUAACACAUAUACAUAAAUAUAUGUGGGUGGGGGUAUAAAAUAAUUUGGAUGUCUUUGAAUGUACAGAAUGUAUUAAACAUUUGAGCAAGAUAAACAAAUGUAGUCAUGCUCCACAUCUCUCUCGCUCUUUGUUUUGGUAACAUAUGCAUAAAAAUAUAUAAUAAAAAUCUUGUUCUUAGCA